GUCUCUCUAUGCUGCUGCACGGCUCCGAGCAACUUACCGCAAGUUUCCCGCGAUCUGACGGCAGGAGGUGAAUGUUGCGGAUCUGUUAUAUCAUUGCUUUAUGGAUUUUUGCGGACAUCUCUAGCAGCCGUCGGGCUGUAACCUUAUGUGAUAGAUUUUUAUUAACGGGAGCUUUGCGCUGAUCUUUCGAUUGCCCACGUGAGCGCACAAAGCAGGUGCAGGGCUCCACUGAAGAUGGAGAUGGUCGACGCUUGGUGGAACGUGAUGCUGGAUGUGGUGUUGGGUCGCUGACCAUCAGAACGGCAUCGGGUGUCGAAUGCGCACAAAACCGACCUGAACGUCCGCUACCAUCCGGUACUGCGAGUUGGAGCUCCAGGAUGACUGUGGUGGUGGUUGGCGAAAACAUGGACGAUACUUCCUCCACCAUGCAGGGUCACCCGCAGGACUCUCAGUAUUCCCCCGAGUGCUGCGAGCGGGUGGUUAUUAACAUCUCAGGACUGCGCUUCGAGACGCAACUCAAGACUCUGGCCCAGUUCCCAGACACUCUGCUGGGUAACCCCAAGAAAAGGAUGCGCUACUUUGACCCUUUACGAAACGAGUACUUCUUUGACAGAAACCGCCCCAGUUUUGACGCCAUCCUCUAUUACUAUCAAUCUGGAGGGAGGUUGAGAAGACCCGUCAACGUUCCCUUGGAUAUGUUUUCAGAGGAGAUAAAAUUUUAUGAGUUGGGGGAAGAGGCCAUGGAAAAAUUCAGAGAGGACGAGGGCUUUAUUCGCGAGGAAGAGCGCCCCCUGCCAGAGAAUGAGUUUCAGAGGCAGAUCUGGCUGCUGUUUGAACAUCCCGAGAGUUCGGGGCCUGCCAGAGGGAUAGCGAUAGUGUCGGUCAUGGUCAUUCUCAUUUCCAUCAUCAUAUUUUGUUUGGAGACCUUACCUGAGCUGAAGGAGGAUUCGCACGGACGGGUCCAAGUGAUAGGCAACAGCACGAUUUAUUACAGACCUAACAUUCUGACGGACCCGUUCUUUGUCGUGGAAACGCUCUGCAUCAUCUGGUUUUCUUUCGAAUUGAUCGUUCGAUUUUUCGCUUGCCCGAGUAAAGCAGCCUUCUUCAAGAACAUGAUGAACACGAUUGAUGUGGUGUCAAUUAUUCCAUAUUUCAUAACGCUCGGAACGGAGAUGGCGGAGGAUUCCGAGGGUGGAAGGGAGCCCAAGGGUGGAGGAGAGCAGGCGACGUCUUUGGCCAUUCUCCGAGUCAUCCGUCUGGUCAGGGUGUUUCGGAUAUUCAAGCUCUCCCGACACUCCAAGGGGCUUCAGAUCUUGGGUCAGACUCUGAAAGCCAGUAUGCGAGAGCUCGGCCUCUUAAUUUUCUUUUUGUUUAUCGGCGUCAUUUUGUUUUCCAGCGCGGUGUACUUUGCCGAGGCUGAAGAGAAGGAUUCUUUCUUCACGAGUAUCCCGGAUGCCUUCUGGUGGGCGGUGGUGUCGAUGACCACUGUAGGGUACGGGGACAUGUACCCCGUCACCAUAGGGGGCAAGAUAGUGGGCUCUUUGUGCGCCAUUGCUGGAGUGCUAACCAUCGCGCUACCGGUGCCUGUGAUCGUUUCCAACUUUAACUAUUUCUACCACAGAGAAACCGAAGGCGAAGAGCAGGCCCAGCUCCUCACUGUGAGCAAUCCAAACAUUGCGUCGGACACCAGUCGACGCAGCUCGUCUGUCAUUAGCAAAUCGGAAUACAUGGAAAUAGAUGAGGAUCUCAAUAACAGCAUAGAUAAUUUUAGGGAGGCGAACCUGCGAACCGGGAACUGCACUGUCUCCAAUCAAAACUGUGUCAAUAUGGGAAAGCGUCUCACGGAUGUUUAGAUCUCCCACUUGUAAAAAGACACCUGAACUGUACAUAGUGUACUUUAUUAGUACUAUCAGAAUGGGACCUCUGAUUUCACUGCGUACGUUUUUCUUAAAUCAACCACAUUUAUGCAUUUGGCGGAUGCUUUGAUCCUAAGCAGCAUACUCUGCAUUUUGUCUCCUGGGAAUCAAGCCGAUGAUGUUGGCGCUGCUAGUUUCAUGUUCUGUCAGUUCAGUUACAGGUAUACCAAAACAAAAGUUAGUCUGAAAUCUGCCUAUGGAUACCAAAAAUAAAUGUCAGGGGUAAUGAUGACAGAAUUACACCAAUACAUGUUGGCUACAUGGGGACUAUAAGAGACAUGCACCAUGGAUGUAUUAGUUUAUUUAUUUCAUGUUUGUUUGUGUCUUUCAUAGGCUAUUGUAAACCAUUAACAAACUGAAUGUUCAAUCUCAAUUGAUGAAUUAUGCAGAUUAUGGCAUGUUUAAUGAAACCUCAAUGUCUGUUCUAUAUAUAUGGUACUAUGUAUCUUGCUUUAAUUGACACGUCACUGCCCAUUUAAAGCACAACUUAUAAGUAUUUAAAACUUUAAACAUCUAAAACCUGUUCCAGGCAGUAUUAAAGUAUUGAUUUUAAAGUUUAAGCUUUUAAAAAUGUACAUAUAUUUACUCAUCAAUUGUUCCAUAGUUAUUAAAAUAUAAAUGUAUAAUUCAUGAUAUGAUAUUUCAACAAUAGUGCCUUUAACCUUCUAACUAAAAACUCAAGAGUCUGCAUGUGCAAUAGUUACAGCUGCGGGACCAUUUAAAUAUCUAAACGUGGUUACGAGACGGUCCCUUAAUAUCCUUGUACAUAUAACAGAGUCAAAUCCUCUGCAUCUCUGCUUCAGACAUUACUUUAUAAAAAAAGUGAACUUUAAAACAUUUAAAGUUUGUUUGCCGAGCAUUGUUGUGGUUUAUUUGGCACUGGUUGCGUUGUGGUCGUUGGUUUAUCUACCUCAGAGAGUACGCUUGCAAAUUUAAGACUUUAUAUCAGUACUGCCCCCUGGUUUCAUAAAUCAAAAAAUGAAUAAUGGGAUUACAAUAAAUAAUUAUAAAACACGUUGAUUUAAAAUAGCUUAACCACAGAUGUCUUGGAGAAGUUAAAUUGAUGAAUUUGUUAUUAUUGUUUUUAUUUCAGAUGACAACACUAGCCAUUUCUGAGUGAUGCUACGUCAACACAACAUAAAUAAUACACUAUAAUACGCACAGGGCAACAUCAGGGAUUGUGAUAAGUUAGAAACUGCCAUUUAAAUGAAAAAUAUCUGCAUCAAUGUAAGUGGAGAUCUUAAAACGAUACCUUUAAACUGAGUGUAGGUCUUGUCUUUCAAAACCUAAAGCACUUUAAUGAGACUUCAUGUAUUUAUACUGUAGGUUUUGUACAAGAAUGAGUUGAAGAAUGAAAGGUGAAACAACGAAUCUUAGGGCAGUGUGUUGAAUUUGUCCGUGUUGAUGGCAGUGUGUUAAAAACGACACACAAUCCACAUCAGCAUCGUUUUCUUGCAACCCUUUAAUUCGUUUUUAGGGACAUUUUAAGGUAUUAACUUCCAAGCCGACUACGGUGAUUGCCUAAAAUAGUUAAAUACCUUAAAAAGUUCAUUGUUUUAAAUAUAUUUUUUACAAUGACAGGUUUAUAUAGAUGUCAGUAAAAGGGAUCUAUAUGAUGUUUAUUGUAAAUACAGUUUAAGAUAAACUCACUUAUUAAACAACAAAAUACAACACAAAACAAAACCGCAGGACCAAAUAUAGUGUUACGCUUUUUAAUGUUAAAUAUGCAGGUUAUGAAGAUAUUAAUAAUUAACAUUUAUUCAGAUUAUACAAUUCAGAAAUAAAAUACUGAUAUACGAUGGAUGAAACUAGCAGAUCAGACAACAUGUAGACACCAUCAUGCAUUUUUUAUUUUAUGGGUAAGUGUCUUACACAUCUAGGUUUCUUACAUUGUUAGCAUCAUUGUGGUUUACUGUAAGUUUAAAUGAAACUCUGUAUUAAAGCUGCAAUCCAUGUUUUUGGGAGGUUAUAAGUAAAGAAAAAUCAGUCAUUGUGUAAGUACAUGAAUAAUCUGUGUUAAAUGCGAUCUUGCCAACAACGGUGAGAUCAUAGUAGAGAGUUGAGUCGGGUUGGAUUUUGCAGCGAAAUGCAGGAAUAUGUAAAGUAAACAGCAAUUUGGUUUUGAACAGAGAUGGCGAUAGAGAGGCAAAAGUUACGCAUUGCAGCUUUAAGCUUUAUUUUUUGUUUUAAUGGGGAGUGUUAAUGCCAUAUAUGAAACUGAAGCACUUUGAUAUUAUGCAUGCAGAGAGCUUCUGGACUCAUGUUGCUCUGACGUGGAUCAUGCAGAUCCUGGAAAAGCUUUUUUCUUUUGUCCUUAUAUUUUGAUCAAAACAAAAUAAUCUAUUUCAUGUUUUGGUUGUGUUUUGAUGCUUAACAUACUUUAAUAUUUGUUGACUUGAUCUGUGUUCUGUUGAGGUUAUGACCACAUAAAGUCAAUCUUUUUUUUACAGUUUUUAAAGAAUGUUUUUCUAAAUUCAUUUUGACUCAAACUUUAGGAAGAAUGAGAAGUAUUCAUGCUGAUAAAUAAAAUGAUUAA